AUGUCUAACACCAUAUCCACUUCCUCUUCCAUUAACAACCGUAUUCCCUUUCCCAUCGAGAUUAUCUAUGAAACUUUAAAGUACUUGCGUAUUGACUACAAUGCUUUGCUAGCUUGUAUUCUCACGUGCCGCGCGUGGGCUGAAUGUGCAUUGACCUUUUAUUGGAGAGAUCCAUUUGUACAUAUGGACCCUAGAUUACUGGUUUCGAGUUACAUUCGCUGUUUAGACGAGUAUAAAUGUGCACGUUACAAUUAUACUUGUUUUUGCGAAAAUUUAAGUAUGCAAAAGCUGCGCGAUUCUAUUAAAGAAUACUUAAAAUAUAAAGACACGCAAGAAGGUGAUUCUGAAGUUUCUGCAAAAGAUUCAAAUCAAAAACUAGACGAACUGUGUUUCUCUAUAUUACGAAAUAUCCUAAAAGACCAAGCUAAUAAUAUGAAGAUUUCGCUUGAUUGGUGUCAACUCACAUCUUGGAAACAGUUCUUUGAUGUAUACUUCGACAAAGGAUCAAAAUGUAUAUAUCAAAAUAUUAAAAAGCUCUCACUCAAUUACAUUUACGACACGCAAUUAUUUCAUACUUUGGCGACGACAUCUUUAAAUAUCAAAGCGCUUGAAAUUCACACUGCAAUUGACAACCUCACAUCAGAUAAUUUGCGGUCGCUUAUUUCUAAUCAAAACGAGCUCAGAGAAUUGAAAUUGAUUGGAUAUUUGCACAUUCCAUUUGUCGCUUUGGCAGAACAGGCCGAUUUUCUUUUUUCCAUAGAAUUGGUCUAUAUCGAUUUCAGUUAUGCGCCAAGUUGUUUAUUAAAAGGAUUAGCUUCAUGCCACCAGUUGAGAAAAAUAUCAAUAAAAUAUUGCACAUCCGCAAAUGAUGGUCUGUUGGAACCCCUAGCUUCCUCACGAUUUCUCAACCUCCGAACAAUUUACGUUGAAGAAUCUAUGGAAGGAUGGAAUAAACUAAUGUUAUCGCUCAUUAGAAAUAAACCUUCAAAUCUUGAGGAAAUUUAUUAUAAACCUUCCUCAGAUGAUCUUUCAAUAAUGAAUGGCCAAAAAACAACCGACAUGAUAAAAGUUGUAGGUAAAUCUUGCCCUUUUAUCAAGAACUUAAGUGUACCAGCAAUUAGCCAGGACGACUUUGAAUCUCUUAAGCUGUUUCUUGAAGAUUCACACCGAAAUUUACAAAGUAUCGAUAUAUUUAUGCAUAAAACAAAUAAAAAUUCGGUCCCGACCACGCGGUAUAAUCUUAAGCUUAUUUAUUUAGAAUAA